AUGGGCAAAGAUCGCAUGUUUGUAUCCUGCCCGGGCCUGCCUGCGUGUGUAUACAGGUCAAUAAACACUGACUGAAUCCUGGGUACGAGUCACCGCUACGUCACAUAGCGUGCCUCGGCAAGAUCACUUCCGGGUAAGCGUAACCCAUCAACAGUCGGUAUUUAAACAGAACAUCCUGGCUUCGAGGAACACUGCCAUCUGAUUGAACAUUUGUGGAAGGAAGACAGUGGGAUCGUCAGUCCCUUGAUCCAAGGAGGUUCUUGCUUGAUCAAAGCACAAGUGCCGUACACGUGAACACGGCAACAUGGCUUCUCCCGUCAAGUCGUCCCGGUUCCACACCUUGAAGGUCACGAAGAAGACAUCUAUCAAGGACUUUGUCUCGACUCACAAGCUGGAGUUCGAGAAGGGCAAAGGGUUCUAUCAACUGACCAAGCCAGAGAUUAUACAGGACUACAAGGAGAUCGUGGCGCGCAGGAAGUCUGACGGGUCCUUCGUCAGCGGCAGCGCGGUCAGGUCCACGCUGGGGAUCCCCGACGACGCCGGCAAGAAGUUCAAGUUCGAUCUGUCCAAGAUUCCAGACUUCGACGUCUUCGUCCAGAGCACCUCGUAUAACCGCGCCUUGAUGCCAGACACCGAGUUUCUGUACGAGGUUGGUAGCGGGGGAGACGAGCCGGCUCCUUCGACCCCUCCAGCGGCCGGUAAGAAGAGAAAGGCAGAACCGGAACCGCCGGCCGCCACCUCUCCAAAGAAACGUGGAGUAAAGGCUGAACCGAAGGCUGAACCAGCGGCCGGGACGUCGGCUCCGGCUCCUGCUGCCCCGGGAGGAGGGGGACCGGUGGAAAUUGUCUUCUGUUUCGACACCACCGGGUCCAUGUAUCCAUGUCUUGCAGAAGUCAGGAAGAAGAUCCAGGACGUGGUGAAGAGGUUACACAAGGACAUCUCCGGGAUCCGCAUGGCCCUGAUGGCGCACGGGGACUACCAGGACGCCGCCACCACAUAUGACGUCACCUGGCUGGACUUCACGACUGACGAGAAGAAGCUGUGCAACUGGGCCAAGAGCGUCAAGAGCACGUGCGGAUACGACGCCGACGAGUGUUAUGAACUGGCACUUCGGAAGGCCCGUACCCAGCUGUCCUGGACCCCCGGAACCCAGCGGUCUCUUGUUAUGAUCGGGGACUGUGGGCCGCACGCUCCCACCUACCCCCUCAACAAGGACAACAUCGACUGGCAGAAGGAGGUCAAGCUCCUGGCGGAGAUGGGUGUACACAUCUAUGCUGUACAGGCGCUAGGCUACAGUCCCCGCGGCGGGUUCUACAAUGAGAUGGCGCGCAGGACACACGGCUGCCACCUGAACUUGAACCAGUUCUCCUCCAUCGUGGACUUCAUGAUGGCCAUCUGUUACAGGGAGCGUGGGGCUGAACAGUUGGAGGCUUAUGAGAAGGAAGUCCGGUCCCGGCGUGGUGGCGGCGGGAUGAACCGCGAGCUCCAUCAGUUGUUCGACGCGUUGGCGGGCAGGAAGACCACCUUCACCGCGUCGGGCGCCGGAGCUGCCGCCGCCGGAGACCUGGAGCCCGUUAGUCCCUCCAGGUUCCAGGUUUUGACUGUGGACGAAAGGUGCGACAUCAAGACGUUCGUCUCGAACAACAGUCUCAUCUUCAAGACAGGGAGAGGCUUCUACGAGUUCACCAAGCCCGAGAAAAUAUCCGACAAGAAAGAGGUGGUGCUGGUUGACAAGACCACAGGAGACAUGUUCACCGGCCCCGAGGCAUGUGAGAUGAUCGGUGCGGGGGGGUCGGGCAGGAUCAAACCCGCGUCUUUGGACAGUUGGCGCGUGUUUGUGCAGAGCACGUCCUACAACCGGGUGCUGAUGCCCGGUACCGGCUUCCUGUAUGAAGUCGACCCUGAGCACUGAAGAGUUGACAUGAUGUGUGUCUCAGAGAUCAACACACCGUUAACGUUCCAGGUUGAUCAGAUUUUGAUUUUAGAUCCCCGACCUGGUGUCGAAAGAUGAUACGAUUUUUACUUAGUUCACAGAGUUUUACUUCAUUUGAAUCG